UAUUGUGACGUCAUCCAAGCACGUAAAGUAGAUUCUGGGUGAAUCUGUGACGUCACAAUAAAACGCGUUAACUGGUCUGUGUAGUGUGACGUCACAAUACAUAAACGAAUUUUCGUGUAUCAUUGUGACGUCACACACAUUCUCCAGACUAAGGAACACGGUGUGAACAUAAUGUAAGAAGAUCCUUUGAAAAUGUCAUUGCGGAGGCGAGUACCAGUUUCCGCAGAAUGUUCCAAGGAACAGAGUUUAAAUUGGCAACAGGUUAAUGAUGGGAAAAUGGAUCAUCCUAGUGAAAGAGUAGCCGGUAUCACUUGGGACGAUUGCCCGGCACAAUCCGUUCAUAACAGCAUUGCAAGUCUUGUCUAUUCCAGGGGUAAUCCCAAUGGAAAUCGGAAUCCCGCACCAGAAGGCCGUUUUCAGAAAACGUAUACUUUUCUGGAGAAAGCCCAGCUAGCUGGCUCCGGAAACAAGCACGUACACUUUGAUACGGACGAAAUUCCUGAAGAAAUGAAGGAGUUUUUCGCAUGGAAGCAAAUGUAUUACGAGGAGGAAAUACAAAAACUAAAACAUUUGCCGGAAAAGAUACCCCGCAGAAGAGGAAACCCGUGUCCCAAUGACGACACAAAUCAGAAUCAUUUUCCCGGGGGAGGCGGACCGCUUUCUGGAAGUGCAAUGAGAAACAAUCUUCUCGGCGCCAUUCAGCUCAAACGCACGACAAGUUCCAAACCCGAGGAAAAAUUUGAUCCAACAAAAAGCGUCGGGAAUCUGAGAUAUGAAGGACCCAAGGAAGACCCUGAGCCUUCCACUAGCCAGGCAGCCCCACCCCCUGCAGCACCUCCAAAACAAGCGUCUGCCGCGGGCGGAAAUGCUGAUCCAAUGAAAAACCUUAUCGGCGCAAUACAACUUAAACGCACGGCGAGUUCCCAACCCGAGGAAAAAUUUGAUCCGACAAAAAGCGUAGGAAAUCUUAGGUACGAGGGGCCUAAAGAAGAACCCGAACCCUCCAUAAGCCAGGUAGCUCCAGUCCCUAAAAAGGCGUCAUCUGUGGGUGGAAAUGUUGAUCCAAUGAAAAACCUCCUCGGCGCAAUUCACCAGAAAAAACCGGAAACGGACUUCGUGGAGGAAAAGUUCGACCCCACGACGAGUGUUCCGAAUUUGUCGUAUAAAGGUCCAGUUGAGGAAGAAAACGAGGUUGAGGCAUACGAGGAAGAAGAGGUUGUUACUGAGCCGGAGUAUGAAUCGGUAACUGUAAUGGAAAAGGCAUCGCCACUGAAAAAACGGAGUGCUCCACAAUACGACGAAAACUUUGUGUCCUCCAGAAGCGUACGAAUAAUGAAUAACCAGAGUACCAAAGAGUUCACGACACCAGGUCAGAGUUCAAAAGAACAUACACCGCCGAAGAAAGUCCCAACCAAGCCUAUACUGGCGAGAAACAGUCAGACGCAGACAAGACGGCCGCCUAGCCUGACCAGCUUGCUGAGUGCGGCGCAACCAGAGAGACAAUCGAGCACUCGAGUCAGUGCCAGCACUGGCGUGGAUAACAGCGUGAGUUUGGUCAGGCCAAGUUUGGUCAGGUUUAGUCAGCAGACGACAGAACAUCCGAUCGAGGCCGUGAGGGAGGCGAUGUCCCGCGAAAGCGCUCAAGGCGUUGAGAUACAGGAACCGGAAACUAUUGUUUCCUCCCUUAAAAUCCCCUCCCGAGAGUCUAUACAUUCCGGUCGGGAGGUCUUCCAGGAAAUGUAUCACGCCCGGCCGCUUUUGAUGGUAAAUGAGGACAACACGAUUAGAACGGUGAUGCAUAAGCAUGAACUUAAGGAUAUUCUUCGAGACACCAUCGGCGACCAGAUGCCAGAAAUGCCUCGCGAAUUGCAGAGCUACAUCGAAAAGUUUCAAGAUGUUCCGCUCAACAAGCUGAUGCAUUUCGCCGAGACGGGCUCUUAUUUGAGGGAAAGCUACGUUAACAGUAACAUCUGCGACAUCCGGGUCCACGUGGGAAAGGACACUAUCCCCGCCCAUAGAAUCGUGCUUGCCUGCUUUAGUCCUUACCUUGCCUCUGUGCUGGAACACGAGAAUCCUUUGAAUCAGAAAAAGCCCAAGGAUAUCCGAAUAUCAGGGGUUUCCGAACAAUCCGUCAAAGAUCUUCUGAAUUACAUUUACACAGGGGAAUUGCAAAUAGAUACGGUUCAAAUUCCGGAUUUCAUUAAACUAGCUGAAAAGUUCGAUGUCUCGGCCGUCAGACAGAAAUGUUUCGAUCACGUGUUCGAAAUGACAGAUGAUGAGCUCGUGGCCCUCAUUUCUGUCAUGAAAGAUACACUCGAUGUUGAGUAUUGUGAUUGCAUAAUGAAAAACAUUGCCUCGAAAUUUAUGCGCGUGAGAGAGAGCAAGACGUUCCUUCAUCUUGACGUCGAUACUUUGUGUUUAAUCUUGUCCUACGAUGCUCUGAUUCUGCGCAGUGAGAUGGACAUUUUUUACUCGUGUCUGAACUGGCUUCAGAGUGGCGAUACCAAGGAACGCAACAAGUAUCUGGACCGCGUGAUGGACUGCGUUCGAUUUCCACUCAUGAAUCACGCUAUGUUGUACGAAUGCGUGGAGAAAUGCAGUCUCUUGAAAUCGAGUGCGUCCUGUAUACAGAAAAUCCACGAAGCUAACUGGCUGAUGACGAUGUCAAUGCUGAAUAAGCAGGAUCCACUCCGUUUGUCUGUCCCCUCACACAGAAACAACGUCAACUGUAGCGCCAGCGUCAGCGAUUAUAUCAUGCGUACCUGUGGUAGAGUGAAAUCUGACGUCACAGUGGAGGUGGCCAGGGAAGGGACGCCUACAAAAACCUACCAUAGUGAACCGGCUAAUGCCAGGGUGAAGCAAUCCCCAUCUUCCCGUGGGGGUACCCAAAACAACAACGCUGCUGACGUAGAUGGAGAGAGCAGCUGUGACGACGAAGCUAGGCCAGCCAAUCAGAUUCAGUGGGAAAACGCAGAUUUAAUCAGAGAUUCUGACCAUACUGACAAGAUGGAUCCUAGUCGAAACCACACCAUUGUUUUUCUCAACAAACGCAUGUACAUAAUAGGUGGUUGUCAUACUAUGCAGGGGGAGAUGACUCCUCGUAAAGAGGUCUUGGUUUACGACAAGAUUUGCGGGACUUGGAAGCCUCUAGCGCCCCUGCUUACCGCUAGGAUGUACCAUUCGCUGUGUGUCGUCAAGGGUCAGAUUUACGCCAUUGGAGGACUUGGUGAAGAUAACAGCAUUCUGAACACCGUGGAAUGUUAUGAUCCAUCCUCAAACUGCUGGUACUUCGUCAAGUCGAUGGCGGAAGCUCGCAUGGGCGCAUGUGCGGCAGAGUAUGGCGGGCAGAUAUACAUCGCAGGUGGAUACGGAAGCAGAAAGAUGGAUUUAGAACUGAAUAUCACGAUUUUGGACAGUUUUGAGUGUUUCAACCCGCAUUCUAAUAAGUGGACACCAAAACGGAAUGUCCGGUACGGUCGUUGCCAUGCCAAUCUUAUGGCUGUUGGACACUCACUGUUCCUUUGCGGGGGCGUCUCGAUUGAUAGGUCAUCGUCUGACCCCGAACUUACAAGCGUGGCUGACGUCGAUGAAUAUGACGUCACAACCGAUACAUGGGUACUCAAAACUUGUUUGCUGAAGGAGAGGCAUGAUGCAUGUUGUGUGAAAUCUGAUGACAAAAUAUACCUAGUUGGAGGGAUUUCCACUAAUCUUGGUCAGAGUUUGGGGGACACCGAGUGUUUUGACCCCCAGGAAAAUGUGACCUUCACCCCUUCACAUGUUCCUCACCGGGUGGAUUGGAUCAAAUGUGCUACAUCUAAGGAGUGAAAAAUCAUUCAAUAAUAAAACUCAGAUUUAAAAAUUGUCAUAAUAUCAUUACAAAUAUUAUGUAAUAUUAUUACAAAUAUUCAUUGUAAACUACCUUUUUAUGAAAAUAAAAUAAAGUUUAGUUUA